AAUGUGUCAGGGCUCUACGCAGAAAUAGAUGGAGCAAAAAAGGAAUUGCAAGAAAAACUAGCCAAUCUGUCUCUGUUUGAUGAUGAUUUGGUAGAAAAGGCUAUGCAUCAUGCACUCAACCUAAGAAGACUUGCUGAUCAGCUGGACCGGAACUUGUAUGGUGUUGAUACAAAUGGAUUGGUACAAAGGGCAAUAAAUGCUUCAAAUGUGUAUGAAAACAUUGCCGGUUAUGUUGAAGGAGCUAAUAAAGAUGCAUUGCUGGCAUUGAACACAACAAACCGGGUCAAUGAUGCUGCAGUUGGAAUUGAUACUCAGAUCAUUUACCAUAAAGGUAAAAGCGAAGAACUUCUCAACCAAGCCAUGGAGUUACAACAGACAGCAGAUGACAGUAACGAUUUAACCAUUGCAGACACUAGCCGUCAUGUUAAUGGCACUCUUGCCAGAAUGAAUGCUCUGCGAAGCCACCUGAUGAAAGCCAUCACAAAAAUGCAAUCAGCAGAGCUAGUGGAGGCCAGAGAGCGCUUGGAGCAAGCUAAACUGAAGGCUGCAGAGGCCGUAAGUGCUACCAUAACAGUAACACAGGCUACAGCCCCCAUGGAUGAGAACGUCAGGUUGUGGUCUCAGAACCUGCAAGACUUCCAGCACAAUUCAGUGGCAUAUGACAGUGCUGUGCAUUCAGCUGGGGAUGCAGUGAAGAAACUUACAGAAGUCUUCCCUCAGCUUCUGGACAAACUGCGCAAGGUAGAACAGAAGGCGCCAGCCAACAAUAUUUCUUCCAGCAUUCAGCGGAUCAGAGAGCUAAUUGCUCAAACCAGGAGUGUAGCAAGCAAGGUCCAAGUUUCUAUGAUGUUUGGAGGCCAAUCAGCUGUUGAAGUCAAUCCAAAGAUCAACGUGGAGGAACUGAAAGCUUUCACUUCCAUGAGCUUAUACAUAAAGCUUCAGAAUGACAACCCACAACCAGCAGCAUCUCCAGACAGAUUUAUUUUGUACCUUGGAAACAAAAAUGCAAAAAAUUACAUGGGUCUUGCAAUUAAAAAUGACAACCUUGUGUACAUUUAUAACCUGGGGGGCCAAGACGUGGAGAUACCUCUGGAUGCAAAGCCAGUCAGCACCUGGCCUUCUUACUUCAGCAUCAUCAAAAUUGAGAGGAUUGGAAGACAUGGCAAAAUGUUUUUAACUGUGCCCAGUCUUAGCAGCACAGCUGAAGAAAAAUUCAUCAAAAAGGGAGAGGUUCUUGGUCCUGAUUCUCUCCUGAAUUUGGAACCUGAAAAUGCUGUUUUCUACGUUGGCGGAGUGCCUCCAGACUUCAAGCUCCCUCCUAGCUUAAACCUGCCCGGUUUCAUCGGCUGCCUGGAACUGGCUACCCUGAACGAUUAUGUGAUCAGCCUAUACAACUUCAAGCACAUCUACAACAUCGACACCACCACAUCGCCACCUUGUGCCAGAGAUAAGCUGGCUUUCACUCAGAGCCGGGCUGUGAGCUAUUUCUUUGACGGCUCUGGCUAUGCUUUGGCAAGAAACAUUGAGAGAAGGGGAAGAUUCAGCCAGGUGACUCGGUUUGACAUAGAAGUUCGAACACCUACAGACAACGGAUUGAUCCUGCUGAUGGUUAAUGGAAGUAUGUUCUUCAGCCUAGAGAUGCACAAUGGUUUCUUGUACCUUCGCUAUGACUUUGGCUUCAGCACCGGCCCUGUGCUGCUAGAGGACUCCAUGAAGAAGGCUCAGAUUAACGAUGCUAAAUUUCAUGAGAUUUCUAUUAUAUAUCACAAUUCUAAGAAGAUGAUCUUGGUAGUAGACAGGCGACAUAUAAAAAGUGUUGACAAUGAAAGAACAGCAAUGCCGUUCACUGACAUCUACAUUGGAGGAGCACCUACUGAGAUCUUGCACUCCAGCAUUAGCUCACAUCUGGCAGGAAGUAUCGGCUUUAAAGGUUGCAUGAAGGGUUUCCAAUUCCAGAAGAAGGAUUUCAACUUGUUAGAAGAACCAGGAACCCUGGGAAUCAGCUAUGGAUGCCCAGAGGAUUCACUAAUGUCCCGCAAAGCAUAUUUCAAUGGAGAGAGCUUCAUUGCAUCAAGCCAAAAAGAGUCCCUCUUUGGUGAAUUUGAAGGAGGCUUUAAUUUCCAGACAUUGCAGCCCAAUGGGCUGCUGUUUUACUAUUCUGAAGGAGUGAGUAUAUAUUUCUUUACA